CUUAAAAAAAACCCUCAAAGCUUAACGCUUGCUGAAUGCCGAGCUGCAGUGCUUUGCUUUUUCCCUCCUCCUUCCUUCUUUUCUUUCUUGUCUGGUCUUUCUCUGUUUUGUUUUGUUCUUGGGGGCAUUUCACAUAGAUUUUGUUCACUGUCAGUGGAGGGGUGGGGUAAUAGGAAUAAAAAAAUCCUAGGCAAAAUAAAUUCUCCCCAAAAACUCACGAGUGGCUUUUGCAAUGGGUGCUGUCAUGGGCACAUUCUCUUCUCUACAAACGAAACAAAGAAGACCAUCAAAAGGUCCCGUGGAAGCCGGAGGAGUUUGGUGCAGCUGCUUUUCCAAAGUGUCUGGCAAGUGCUUCUAGAGGAUAGAAUUGAAGAUGAAUUAGAAAUGACGACAGUGUGCCAUAGACCCGAGGGACUGGAACAGCUUGAAGCACAAACCAAUUUCACUAAAAGAGAACUUCAAGUUCUUUACAGAGGAUUUAAAAAUGAAUGUCCUAGUGGGGUUGUUAAUGAAGAAACAUUUAAACAGAUCUAUGCACAGUUUUUUCCUCAUGGAGAUGCCAGCAUGUAUGCACAUUACCUCUUCAAUGCCUUCGACACUGCACAGAAUGGCUCCGUGAAGUUUGAGGAUUUUGUGAUGGCACUGUCCAUUCUGCUGCGGGGAACUGUUCAUGAAAAGCUGAGAUGGACAUUUAAUCUGUAUGACAUAAAUAAGGAUGGCUAUAUAAACAAGGAGGAAAUGAUGGAUAUCGUAAAGGCAAUUUAUGAUAUGAUGGGAAAAUACACGUAUCCUGUGCUCAAGGAAGAUGCACCAAGGCAGCAUGUGGAAGUGUUUUUCCAGAAAAUGGAUAAAAACAAAGAUGGAGUUGUAACUCUAGAUGAGUUUAUUGAGUCGUGUCAGGAGGACGACAAUAUCAUGCGAUCCUUACAGCUCUUUGAGAAUGUCAUGUAACCAGACAGGCACUGGAGGAGUCUGAGACUUCUGUGGAACAAAGAUCUUCUUUCUGGGUGAAAGAUUUUACAAUUGAGCCAUGUCCAGUGUGUGAGGAUUUUGUAUGAUAUGUCCAACCAAAUGGCAACUGAAUGCAGCCGAUCCCACCACUUCUCUCUGGAAGAUGCUGCUGGACUUUUGUUUCACUUUGGAAGCAUGUGAAUAUUUUAAUAAAUCCCGACAAGAGAGAACUGCUGCUCGAAGUUCAAUGAGUAAUACAGAGCAUUGUUUGCUAGGCACAAGUCCUGCUUUUAAUCUAGCAAGCUUAAUUCCCUAUAGUAGCACAUGUUGAUAGCUGUUCAGCCAUCGAUUGCAAGCGACUGCUCAGUCCAUACCUUUGUUUGGCACAAUGUUCUGUGGAUGCCUUUGCUGUUAAUCUGCUUUGACAAAACCCCAAUCUGCCAGGGCAGUCUGUGAAAAAAUGAACAGUCAAUGUACCUGGGACAUUAAACAGACAGCCCAUGUAGCCAGUAUCCCCAUUUCUGCAGAGAUCCUGCUUAUCCUCUCACAUGCACUGGUGCCACUACGCUGGGUUUAGUGGAGAUCUUCCUGAGCACAUUAAUCAGGUGAUCCUCAUGCCAGGGUGAGUCAGAAAGGAGCAGAACGUGUUGCACAUAUUAAUGUAAAAGUACAGAACAAAUCCUGUUCAGGAGUGGUAAGUUUCCAGGAGACGAGGCAGGUGUGUAAGGGCUGGUACAGAAAGGUGAACACCUGCUCUGGUCCCAGCUGCCUGCUCAGUCCCAGGGACACCAGGUGAUGCUCCACAGUGCAUCUCAGCAGCACCACGGCCAUGUGCUCUGGUCCUUUUACUGUAGUUUGGCACACCCUUCCCAGGUUCAUCACUGGACAUUACAGUCAGGUCUUACCCCCCUAUGGAUUUAUUUAAAUUUUCUUGUUUGACUUAGUGAAGAACAAGGAUGCAGCUGUGUUUCAACAUACAGACCUUGGUACCCACAAAGUGCCCAGCACAUUUGAUUGGGAGUUCCUUAAUUGUUAUUAGCCUCAGAAUCAGCUCCCAGGCCCCAUAUUUUUUUCCUACAAGGCACUAGCAUGCCUUGUAUAAGGCCCCAUUUCUUUGCUAAUGCCAAGUAGAGUAUUGGUUUAAGGGUUUGGGUUUUUAAUUAAUAAAACAGAAAAGUUCGUGUAGUGAAUUUACACCAAGGUUGGAUGAUUUGUCAGCUGGGGAACAUCAGAGCCUUCUGUCAAGAAGCCUUUUAGGAAAGCUGAACCACCAGAGUGCCACUGCCAUCUCCAGGCAGACAGUGGCUGAGAAGCAAAGGGAAGAAGGGAACAGCCAGCUCUUCCAGCUGCUCAAACCACGCAGAUGGGACUGUCCCUGCAGUAGGGCUGCAUCAUUCCCAUCCAGGAAGCAUCUGUUUUUAUGGUAUCACAUACUAAUUACAAAGUGUUAGCACUGAAGAUAUAUUUUAAAAAUUAUGUAAGUGGAAGUUUUUUUAUAAUACAGAAUAUACAGAAUGCCUCAGUUCUGUAGCCCUAAUUUUAUAAAAAAUUCAUCUAUUGAAUCAUUCCUAAUUACAGAAGCAGGUCUGAUCAGUCCUAGUAUAAUGAUAAUGCCAAUUCCCCAAGAUGGGGCGUUUUCCCCUUUUACUGUGCCCCCCCCAUACACUUCUGUGUAGUCUUAACUUUAUUUCUCUAAGUUGUUCCCUUGCCAUCAAAAGUGAAGUUCAAGUGAAGUUACAUGUCUGCAGGAAUGACACCUUAGUCCAUCCUAUUUAUUGCCUUUCAUACAAAUACCAUUAAUGAAUUCCUCCCAGCAGUGAUCCAGCACCUCUGGUGAGGGGCUGGGAUUUGCAGGAGUGAUGCCCUGCUGUGGGAGUACCUUUCCUCCAGUUGUUGGGUCAUUUGGGCUUUAUUUAACAGGCACUUUGUAAAGACAUCAGCUGUAGCUGAAAUAAUAACAGUUUACACCAUUCCUUCUUGAUUCUUCUUGCAAUCACUUUCGCAAAUGACAGAAUUUAAUAUAAUUACCAGGUUUUCCCUCUCACCAAAACUGCUUAAUCUAUUAUUCUAAGCAGUUCACUUCAGCAGAGGGAGAAGUGGCCAGGACAGUGGAAAUUAAGGAUUUUAAUCAGGCUAGCACAGUGCCUUUUUCCUCUAAUAGUCUCGCUUCAAGGGUGCUUAUGAGAUGGCGCAUACAGACAGAAGUGUUUGGAAUGUGCCCUUUUCAAAAGAAAAUGUUGUUAGUUGCAUGAUGCCGUAGUCCCUGAAGCUAAAUUAAUUUCUGGAGUUAGUGUGAUGAAUUUGGCCUCAUCUGUGUUUCCUGGCCUGAUGGCAGCAGUUCUUUGGGGGCUGUCUUUGUCACCAGGGCUGUCACUGUUUUCUCUUGAGUGUGGCUGCAGCUCAGCAGCAAAGAGCUGCUGUCACUGUCAGUGUGUGCUGGCAUGCACUGCUGACCAGAGUGCCAGUUCUGACCCUGCACUUCUGCCAUCUCCUUUGCUGCUCCACUGUGCCUGCUUUUCACUGCCAGGAACAAGGAGGGUGCAUCAGGUCGAGAGGAACAUGCUGAUAUCCACACUGAGUCUGCCCUUAGAGGACAACGAGCUUUGAUUUUGAUCCCACUGGAGCCAGUGCCCUCCCACACACCCCUGAUGUUCUGCCCUGGGUUGAGCUCUGUGCUUCACCUGAAGCCCGCAGUAGCUGAGAAAGGGGGACUUGCAAAGUGUCCCCCACAGCUGCAUUUUGCCAUGGCUCAGAUUGCAGAAUCUAUCUGUGGCAGAGUCCUUGCCAUUGCAAACCAAAUUAUUUCCCUGUGUUUGCCCCUGAUCCCACUGUUACAGCCAGAGGCUGGGAUGCAGCAGUCCAUGGAAGGCCUCUGGGCUUUCCAUCAGCAGCAUCUGUCCAUGGCAGGUGUGCUCCAGUUGGCAGGUGAGACAUCAGUGACUGUGAGAGAGCUGCUCUCUGCAUGGAAAUGGCUUUGGGUUGGUUCUCAUGUUUUCUGUGAAUGUUACUCUACUGUAAACUUGCCAAGUCUCCGCUCGCUCAUAAAUGGGGCUUGCAAUAUUUAUGACAAACACUACUACAGAUUUCUAAAUAAAACACACUCUGCUGCUCCAGUCUCCCACCCUCAUCAAUCCUCCUGCCAGUAGACAGAAGGCAGUCAGAUUCUCUGUCAGUGCACAUUUCCUGCAAGUUAUGAAUGUUUAAAUAAUGUCUGAAUCAGGACUCUGACUGUUUCACUAGUUACAAACAUUAGUCUGCAUCUUCAUGCCAGCAUUUUAUAAAGAAAGCCUUUCAAACAUGCAUUUUAGGUAACAAUCUGUUCACAAAUAGGAAUGUGAUAGAUGAUAAUGCAAAAAAAGAAAAAAAAAAAAAAAAGGAAAAAAAAAAAGUACCAUGCCUGUACUGUGGCUGUUUGUUUUCCUGUUCCUCUGAAUGCAAUGCAAUAUUGUGAGUAACCAUGAGCCAAGCUAAAAGCUUGAGACACAAAUACCCUGAGGUUCAGGCAUCAUGGGCAGUGGCAUUUUGGCAUUUCCUGACUGCAAUAUGUGUUGAGAAUGAACACCCUUGUGUCUGUGGAUUGCCUCUGAUGAGAUAGUAGCAGCAGUGUGUCAAACUUUUCUUCUUCUUUAUGGAAGUGCCAUGAAAGACCUAAGGAAAUGUGCAAAUAAUGUAAAUUGUGAUAUCUAAAGCCAUGUUAAUGGAUCAGCCAUGUAUAGCUUCACUGUUACAAAUGCUAUUCUCCAAUGGCAGUUUGUAUUCAAUUUUGAUGAAUGGUUUUAAAAAUGUUGUUUUUAAUAAUAAAAAGAAAUACCUGUAGGAGGGUGUCCUUUCCUCAACCCAGUAUCAACUGAUAAUGAGGAAAAUUUUUUCUCAAGAAACACUGUUCAGUUAAAAAUUUGCAAGGGAGCUUUUAAAAGUGGGACUCAAGCAUGUAUCUGUGUGGGUGGGGGCUGUGAAACUGAGCUGUGCCGUGAGCUAACACUUACAUGCCAAUGAUUUAUUUGCAUCACUGAUACAGGAGUGCUCUUACAUUUGAUGUGGUGGCGUAUGCUGAACUGAUAGUUUGGCCCUUGUGUAAAGUCCAGAAAUGUUCUUCUAUCUGCACUGUUGAGAGUAACUUGGGGUAGUGAAAACUGCAAGCUUACAGGCAUGGCUUUUCUCUUCUGCAGUUCUGCUUCAGUAUAAGCAGGAAAACAGACAAUCGUGUUGAAAAAAAAAAUGCAAACACUGUUUUAUAGAUAAGGAAAACAACCCAAAACGUCAGUGUCCCUUCAGCUUUGGCUUAUUGUAAGCAUUGUAAGCAUCCAUUCUGACACAUUGAGAAAUGCAGAAGUGACUUUGCCAGACUAUAUAUAUGUGUGUACAUAUACAUAUACAUAUAUAUAUAUAUAUAUACACACACACAUAUAUAUAUUUGCUAACUCCAUUUUGUAGGGUAUUAUCUGUCUACCAGUACAUCCCAGGAUAAAGAACAUUCAUCCAUGCGGAAAUAUGGAAAUAAAGGUGUCUGUGUGAAACGUG